GGGGCUGGGAUGGGAAUGUCGGAAGAAAGACACCUGUUGUUUGUACAUCCAUAUGGAUAAAUACCUGUCAUCUUCUGACAGCCAUCCUCACUCAUCACAAGUACGAGACUGACAGACACCGGUGUUACCGCGCCAAGAACAGAACAAGCCACCAUGAAGUUCCUUGCCGUGUUCGUCCUGCUGGCCCUGUCCGGCGCCUGCUCCGCCGAGCCCCGCAUCCUGGACACCAUCUCCGGCGCCAUCACCGAGGCCGCCUCCUCCAUCCUGGACCACGCCCAGACGGUCGGACAGAGCCUUGUCGACACCUACGUGCCCAUCAUCGGCCAGGCCGCCCAGCAGCUGGUAGGAGAAGCCAUUCAGAGCGCGGGUACCUGGCUGACCGACCUGGUCUCCGGCAAGCGUCAGGUGGAGCAACAGACCGGGACCGGAAUCGGACAGAUACUUCAAGAUGGCAUUAUGACUAUGGUGGAUCACGUCAAUGACGCCAUCACCGACGUGCAGUUCAGCAUCGCUAACCAGAUCAUCUCCAUCUUCUCUCCCACCACCAGGAAACUGACUUACGGUAAGAUCAAGGAGGUGAACCUGAAUGCCAAGAUGCACCUGAAGAUGGACGGCAAGAGCACCAUGAAGAAGAUGUCCAUCACCAUCGCCAAGAAGCUGAAGGCUGUGAAGAGUGCCCGCAUCCUGGACCAGGUUGUGUCCGCCCUCGGUGACCUCGUGCAGCCUGUCCUGGACGCCGCUGACCAGGCCUUCCAGAACGUGAGUAUCAACCGCCAGUUCCCCUACGUCGAUGACGCCAACACCAUCAUCAACUCCGUCACCAACCACUUCCAGGAGAACUACGGCAUGGAUACCUCUGCUUAA